AUGUAUUCGACAGAAGACCGCACAAACACAUUCUUUCGGGACACCACGCCUCUUGUCCUCGAAGAUCCGCGCGUGAUGGAAGAGUUCGUGGCAUGGCUGGGUCAGGUGCACCCGCAUCACCGUGCGGUGGUGCGUGCAUCACUCCGGUCACCAGAUUGGAAGAAUGAUCGAAAUAGAGCAGCGGCGUCGCGCCAGGAGUUCAAAGUCUCCAAGGAGAGGGUUUUGAAAACACUCCCCGGUUUGACGCCCUCCAAGGCGCGGUACUUCGCCGCAGCGAUCCGCAAAUUUCUGGACACAUCGAACGAGGACACAUCGAACGAGGAGCCGUGGAUUGAGGAGCAAGCCGUCUACGACACCGCCAUAUCCUCAGAGCCCCGUCAUCACUUCCGCCUCGUGCGCAUCUCGGAGCGCCGGGCACGGAGUGUCCGUGUCGGGCGUGCCGAAAAUCUCAAGACCCGCAUCCACUACGUGUUGGUAUGGGACUCGUUCGAGAAGUUGAAGAGAAACGCUCCACGUCAGCACAUCUGCGCGACCGGGAGGCGAGAGACGCGCACGCAAGCCGCCGAUCGUUUGUACAGAGAGGCGCUCGGCGAUACACCUCAGACGGGAGACGACUUCCGGCGACUGAAGGAGGAUGCCGCGUUCGGCGGGCGGCUCUUCGCAAUCGUUCGUGCGGUGGGGAUGUCUGGUUUGGCGAUAGUGGGGAGAGGGACGGCAGACUUGUACAGGCGGAAUCUCACGAUCGACGAUAUCACCCAGGUGUGCAAUCUCUGCCAGGGCUACAGUACCGUGUUCGCACGUCGAGUGGAGAUGAAGAAAGAUGAGGGAGCGAAGUGUCUCGUGAGCGAGGCGCUUCAUUGCGGAUACGACCCCGCCGAUCUGUCGAGUGAUAAGACCGAACUGUCGUCGUGGCUGUCUCAGAACCACCGUGAGCUUCUACAAACGACCGUUCAGGACCCGCCGAGACAACACGACCUGCCGCCACCGGAAGUCGCGGGUCGGUCGCUGGGCAUGAUGAUGGUCCCACCACCGGAAGCAGGUGCACUGCAGGGUGGAAAUGCCUACUUCCUUGGAGGCGUCGAUGAAGCAAGCCUCGGUCCCCACUCCACCAGCUAUCAGGUGGAUCCUAGCGAACCCGAUUGCAUUGAUUGGGAGAGCUAUUUCCCGAACGUGUACCCGCCCCUGUAUCUCUAA